AUUACCAAAAAAAAAAAAAAAAAAAGCCCAGCAGGAUCAGAAGAGGAAGAACUCCCAGAGUGGAAUAUGCAGGGAUAUUUUAGUUUAUCCUGAAGACUGGCUUUCUGACUGACCAGAAUGGGCAACACAGACAGCCAAUACAGUAGCUUCAUCAUUCCUGGCAAGUCCAAAACAUGUUCACUGAAGCUGCACUCCCCAAAGGACGACCUCCUUUCCCCUCACAGCUGGUGGAGGGGCACUGAGAGACCGGUUGGAUACAAAUCCCAGGGCCCAUCCAAAAAUGGCCUUUCCCACCACAAGAGCAACCAGCCCUAUAUCUCUGGCCAUUAUGACUAUGUCAAAGGUCCUGGCUCUCUUCCGAGAUUCUGUCCAGGUGAUGAGACUAUCCUACCUCAGGGAAAUGGCUGCUUUUCUAGGUGUGGGCCACAGGAGGGUGAAGGUAACGGUUUUAGAACUCCACGUUCUGGAACUCCACCGCCACUUGAAAACCGAAGCAGCCCAAAGGUGCUUUUUAGCCAAGAUGGGAGUUUGCGGGUUGAAUUCACCAAUGCUAGGCGAGAGCUGAAGGCCGAGAGUGAGGAGAUGGAUGGAGCACCCGCUGAAGUCACGCUGAGGGCUAGUAAAGGAAGCUCUUUGAGUUCAGAGGGUUCCUGGUACGACUCUCCUUGGGGGAAUGCAACAGAGCUCUGUGACAACGUCUUCACCACAAACCAGCAGGACAAUAACAGCAGCAGUGGCUACACCACGCUGUCCUCCACCCGAACAGAAGACAAUGGCUGCAACAGCUAUGCCACUGGCUUGGAGCUCCACCCAGGUGGCUACAAUGGAGGAUUUCUCUGUCAGCGAAGCAGUGCUGGCUACAACAGCAGUGGCUACAACACCUGCUCCUCUGGCCGCACAGAGGACAGCGGUCUUGGAGAAUCAGUGCUGCUUCAGCCUGAACAAAGGGAGUUUGGGACCAACUCUCCUCCACCUUCUCUUUCUGAUCUUUAUACCAAUCCCAGUCUGUCUGGACCAUUCCCUACAAACAGCACCCUCCCCCUUCCUCAGUUUCCCAACACCCCCCUCCUUGGCGCUUCCCUGGCCUCAGGUUUGGACGCAGGGGUUCGGGAGGAAAACUUGGACCCCAGCUGUUACACCUCACACACGCUGCCUUGCCGAAAGGGUGGAAAUGACCUCGUACCUGGGGGUAACGCCCGAAAGGACUCGCUCAAGAGCCGCAUCCGGAGGUUGAGUGACUGGACGGGCAGCUUGAGUCGGAAGAAGAGGAGGCUGCAGGAGCCCAGUACUUUAGAGAUCUCUGAAGCUUUCCCUGGUGGGUGUACUGACCUCUUGGUGGGAGACUCCUGCUCUCAGCUUACCACAGCACCCUGCUGGAAUCCCAUCUCCACACAGGCCCAGGCGAGUCCCUCUGGUUCUUCUGCCGUCGCCAGUCAGAACGGAGCAGCGCUCAGACAGAACAUCUAUGAGAACUUCAUGCAGGAGCUGGAGAUAGGUGGAAAUGGUGAGGCAAGGGCUUGGGAAGGUGAACAGGGAGAGAGCAGUAGCGGUUCUUUGGGUUCUCUGGAACAACUGGAUCUGCUCUUUGAGAAGGAACAGGGUGUGGUACGGCGAGCUGGUUGGCUAGCCUUCAAGCCCCUCAUCAGUAUCCACAAGGAACGCAAGCUGGAGCUGGUGAGCCGGCGCAAAUGGAGGCAGUACUGGGUUACACUCAAAGGCUGCAUGUUGCUGUUUUAUGAGACCUAUGGGAAAAGCUGUCAGGAACAAGAUCUAGCCCCGCGCUAUGCCCUGCUCGCUGAGGACAGCAUUGUUCAGGCCAUCCCUGAACACCCAAAGAAGGAAAACGUUUUCUGUUUGAGCAAUGCCUACGGAGAUGUCUUCCUCUUUCAGGCCGCCAACCAGCCGGACCUGGAGAACUGGGUGACGGCCAUCCAUUCAGCCAGCGCGUCUCACCUGGCCAAACGGCAGGGCAAAGAGGACACGCUGAAACUGCUGAAGAGUCAGAGCAGAUCCCUCCUGCAGAAGAUUGACAUGGACAGCAAAAUGAAGAAAAUGGCUGAGCUUCAGCUCUCUGUGGUCAGUGACCACAGGAACAGGAAGGCCAUUGAGAGCCAGAUCCAACAGUGGGAGCAGAAUUUGGAGAAGUUUAACAUGGAGUUAUUCCGCAUGCGCUGUUAUCUGGCUAGUUUGCAGGGUACAGAGUUGCCCAACCCUAAAAGUCUGCUGGCCACUGCCUCGCGCCCGUCUAAGGUGGCGCUCAGUCGCCUUGGCAUCUUUUCUGUUUCCUCUUUUCAUGCCCUGAUCUGCACUCGUGAUGAAGCCACUCUUCGGAGGCGUUCUCGCUCCCACUGUCGUGCGGCCCGGAAUAAGCGUGGACUCUUUUCCUCUCAAAAGGGCCUGGACAGUCUGACCAAACACAGCAGAGAAAAGAGACAGUCUGUAUCCCAGAUAUUUGAAGGGUAUUCCACUGGAACUCUUGGCCAUUCUCCCACACAAAGCAGCUCCGAGCAAAGGCUGGACAGCUUUGCCAAAUCCCACUCUGCUGCGCCCCCCGAAGGCCAUCCCUGGGAAUGCACCUGGGAGAACCUGGUGUAUGUGUGCAUGCCCGACAACCAAGUCGUCACAGUGCCCGUGAAAGCGGACUUCCUUGUAGCUGAUGUUCUCUCCAUGGCGUGUAAGGUCAAGCAGCUGGAGCCGGCGUUACAUGGCCUGCUGGUGAAGAGACAUUCAGGGCAAUGUGUGGAGGUCAGCAUGCCUGCAGCCACAGACCUGUUACGGGACUUGGUAUUUGAUGAACUGGAGGUUUGUCCGCUCAAUGUUUUCACCUUAAAUCUGUCCCGCGCUGACCCGGCCGCCGACUACGGUUUUGCUGUUACGGGUCAUGUGGACGGCCUGGGGAGAAGUCAUAUCUAUGUCAGUGAGGUGCACCCUGCAGGCGUGGCCUUCAGUGAGGGACUGAGAGCAGGAGAUGAGAUCCUGGUUCUGAAUGGGGCCAGCGUAGCCGCGCUUGAUCUGGGCCUGAUGCAAAGCUUCUUCACCCAGAACACGCUGCGACUGCUCCUCAGGCGAGACGACGCCACCGUCACAGAGGAGCAAGCCUCCACCUGGCCUGACUGUGACCUCAGCGAGCCCUGCCGCCCUCACCUGCCCCCCGGCCAUGCCCAGCUCAUAGAGCAGUUAUCCGCAGAUGUGUCUCAGAUCCCAGAUGGUUCAGAUGGUUCUGUGACAGCUGUCUCUGAGGAUUCAGACGUGCGCCCUGGUCACACAGCAGGGCCUGACCGGCACAGGAAGAGUGUGGAGACUGUGUGCUCGCUGUACCAAACAUACCCUGAGGGGCCCUCGCUCGUUCCAGAGGGCCACAGGAACCCGUACUCCUCAGAGCCCGCCCCCUCUAAGUCCUGCCCACGGCACCUGUCCGUCACGGAAAAGCUCCGCAAGGUCAUUCAGGAGCUGGUGGAUACAGAGAAGUCUUACGUCAAGGACCUGGGCUAUUUGUUUGAGAUUUACUUGAAGCCAUUACAGAGUGAGACUUUUCUCAGUCAAGAUGAGAUGGAGUGUCUGUUCGGCAGUCUGCCAGAGAUGCUGGACUUCCAGAGAGUGUUCCUACAAACGCUAGAAGAGAGGACAUCCUCAAUUUCAGAAUUCAGUACUCUGGACUCUCCAGAGCAACUCAAGAAGUUGCUUUUCUCACUGGGGGGAUCCUUCCUUUACUAUGCUGACCACUUCAAGCUGUAUAGUGGCUUCUGUGCCAACCAUAUCAAGGUGCAGAAAGUUCUAGAACGAGCCAAAACGGACCGAGCCUUCAAAGAGUUCCUGGAAGCAAAGAACCCCACAAAGCAGCAUUCGUCAACGCUGGAGUCUUACCUCAUCAAGCCAGUGCAGAGAGUUCUCAAAUACCCACUGUUACUACGUGAGCUUGUGUCUCUUACUGACUCAGAAAGCGAGGAGCACAGCCACCUCACAGAGGCCCUGAGAGCCAUGGAGAAGGUGGCCAGCCACAUUAACGAGAUGCAGAAGAUCUAUGAAGACUAUGGCACUGUCUUUGACCAGCUGGUGGCAGAGCAAAGUGGCACAAAGAAAGAGGUCACUGAGAUCUCAAUGGGAGAGUUUCUGCUCCACUGCUCAGCUCUCUGGCUUAACCCUCUGCCCUCACUGGGCCGCAUGAGGAAGGAUCCUGACCUCACCCUCUUCAUUUUUAAAAGAGCGCUGAUUCUGGUGUAUCGUGAGAGCAGUAAGAUGAAGAAGAGAAUGACUGCCUCACGCUCUACCUACUCUCAAGGAGACUUGGACCCUUUCAAAUUUCGCUGGCUCAUUCCUGCAUCAGCGCUACAGGUGCGGCUGGGAAAUUCGGCAGGAACUGAGAACCCUUGUGUGUGGGAACUGGUUCAUACCAAGUCAGAAGUGGAGGGCAGACCGGAGACAGUCUUCCAGCUCUGCAGCAGUAAUCUGGAGAGCAAGGCUAACGCAGUCAAGGCAAUCCGAUCGCUCUUGAGAGAGAACGCCCGGAAGACCGCCCCGGCCGAGACCAGGGCCUUCCGAGACCACCUCACCUUCCCUAGGAGGAGCCACCCGGCAGCGGUCCGAACCAGCUCCUGGGUACCACAGCAACCAUCCCACUCAAGUGAGCUAAGAUCAAGUCAGCCAGACCUAGCAGAGAGAAGAAUGGUCAGCAGUCUCAAAGACAACCACUUAGAGCCCCAACUCCCCAGUCAACAAUCUUCUGGAGCCCCUAGGAAAGAGAGCUCUUCUUUGGAUGAGAGAGCCAGGCUCUGCUCCCUGACUAGUGCGCUGGAGGCUCAACUUCAGAGGCUGAAUUUUGCUGAGGAGCCACUAGGAGGUCAUGGGAGGUCUAACAAUCUUGAGGAGGCACCUGGGGUGGAUCUCAAUGACUUGCUGGGCAGAGACUACAGUGUACAGAGCCUGUCGUCCGUCGUCAACGAGGACUGCUUCUACGACACAGUCGUUGGCAUACAGAAAGCUGCCAUCCCCACACUGUAGAGCAGUGACCCUCAUGCCAGUCUAUGAAUGUUCUAUAAGAAUUUAAUUUAGCCAACCACAUAAGCACAUAGUUAUACUUAACUCAUAAGCCAUGUUAACUACCU